AUGAUUAAUACUGUGAAACUAGGAACUCUUAUGAGGCUUUUCAAUCAAUAGGAUGAAUAAUAAGUUGGAUUUAUAUAGUUAGAGUAGAUAGAUAAGAUUUUGUUUAAUAUUUAUGAAUGCAAUAAGGAUUGUAUUUAGAUUCUAAUUUUAUAGACAAAAUUUACUUCGACAACCUGCUGCUUAAGNACAAAGUUUCUUUCGGAGUGAGAGGAAUCUUCAAAUUUUGGGACUGCAAUACUCAAAAUCACUUACACUCUAUAUAUAUAAGUUAAUCCUUAUUUGAUACAUUCCCUCAUCCAAUAAAAAGAUCCCAAUAGUUUUAAGAGAAUCCAAAAAAACGACAAAUUCAAUUAUUGCUUUAGCUUUCAUUUUUAUUAUUUAAUUUGUUAUCUUAGACACCAAAGAACUUAUUACAAAUCACUUCUAAAGUACAAAAAUGA